AUGCCUGGUCUGAAUACUCGUUUUCGCCAGAUAGUCACUCUAGCGACCGAUCAAGAUCCACUGUCAACCCAGGUCAGCUCAUGCAUUGAGCUCGUCCGUACGUGCCACUACGAUCUCCAGCACCUCGUUCAACUUCGAAACCAGCACGCCACCUUGCUGCUACCCGCAGCAGUUGAGCGCAUCGAUGGGAUCAUCGAGGCUGCGCAGCAGUGCCAUGAACGCGUUGACAGACUCGUGGAGAAGUGCCGACCGGAGGCGCAUGGGGGAAAGACACCACUUCGCAGCAAGAUGAGGUGGAUUUUGGCCGAUUCUCUCGACUUUGAGAGCCAGCAGCCGCUUCUCCACUGCCACCACGCUGCAGUGCUGGCUGAGUUGAAUUUUGUGCGUCAAGUAGUCCUUGCGACCCCGGCGAUCGAGGACCAAAAGGUGCAAGAGACGAGUCCAGAACCGGCUGUGAUAUCCUCAACCUUUUCCAAUAUUGCUCUCCUGGGAGAUGUGUUUGACAGCAUUCCGUCGACUACCUAUGACCCUGCCUCGUCUCCUCAGCUCCCCUCGCCCUCCAUUAACACUACGCCCUCUUCCGACGCAAGCGAUGUACAUGAUCUUUCUUCUCCGGCGCCUCCAGAUACUGAAAGGCAUAAGAAGUCCAUGCCGAUCGUCGAGGUUCACGAAAAGUUCUUCGUCGACAAUCAAAAGGAGCUAUACCCCUAUUCGGACGAGAAGGAAGUUGUUGUCAAUGAGCAAUCACGAUCACCAGACAAAAAUAGAGUUGUCCUCAAUCCGCAAGACAACACGGGUUUGCGUUUGCUCUUUGAUCUGGAUGAUUUUGAGGUUUCCGGGAGGUCUCCCCCCCUUGCGGCCGCUCCGUCUCUUUCAUCUAUCUCUCAAAUCUCCUCCAUGCCUAGUGUUCCGAACCUACAUGGUACUCCUCUUUCUGGUUCUAGUCAAGCCAACUAG